AGAUGAUAGUGUUAGCACUUCCUGUGGGUUCAUGUGGGAUCAGGGUUUAACUGAGGUCUGCCCUCUCAGAGGCUUGCCAGAGCCUUCCAUCCCAUUGGGCCCCCCAACUCGGAACCCCGGGGGGGACAGCGUAUCCCCUGCCCCUCCGCAGGACUGGACAAGGAUGGCCACCAUGGUGCCAUCGUGGCUGCCGUCCGGGGCCUACUGGAUUUUCCUCAUCUCUCUGCUUCUAGUCGCCUGUCUACUACCCCCAGGUGCUCAGGGGCAGGAGUUCCAAAUGAGAGUGGAGCUGCAGCCCCCAGCAGUGCUCCCUGGAGAGUCUGUCUUGGUAAACUGCAGUACAGAUUGCCUCCAUGCUAAACGCAUCUCCGUAGAGACGUACCUACUCUGGGAGCCGGUGGGCAGUGGCCCGGGCUGGGCAGCCUUCCAACUCAACAAUGUGACUGGUGACACCCAGUUCUUCUGCUUUGGCCUCUGCAAUGACUUCCAGAUAGUAAGAUCCUCUAACAUCACCAUCUACCGGUUCCCAGAGCGCGUGGAACUGGCCCCUCUGCCCCCCUGGCACCCCUUGGACAAGCCCCUCCUCCUGAGUUGCCUCGUGUCUGGCGGAGCUCCCAGGGCCCACCUCACGGUGGCGCUCUUCAAGGGGGAGGAAGAGCUGGGCCGGCAGCCAGCAGCAAAGGGGGAGCCCACCGAAGUCACGGUCACAGUGUCCGCGAGCAGAGACGACCACGGCGCCAAUUUCUCUUGCCGCACGGAAUUGGACCUGCGGUCUCAAGGGCUGGGACUGUUCCAGAACAGUUCUGCCCCCAGAAAGCUCCAAACCUUCGCCAUGCCCGUGACCCCUCCUCGGCUAGUUGUCCCACAGUUUUCGGAAGUGGAAACGUCGUGGCCCGUGGAGUGCACCCUGGAUGGGAUCUUCCCAGCCUCGGAAGCCCAAGUCCAACUGGCGCUGGGGAACCAGAGUCUGAAUCCCACAGUCAUGAGCCACGGGGACAGGCUCACGGCCACAGCCACCGCGAAGGCAGAGCAGAAAGGCGCCCACGAGAUUGUCUGCAACGUGACCUUAGGUGGCAAGACCCUGGAGACCCGGGAGAACGUGACGAUCCAAAGCUUCCAGGGGCCCAACCUGACCCUGAGCGAGCAUAACGUCAACAAGGGGACUACAGUGAUUGUAACUUGCACUGCUGGACCCCAAGUACUCUUCACGCUGGAUGGAAUUCCAGCCACAGCACCUGGACAGCCCACCCAGUGACAGCUAAAUGCCACAGAGAGGGACGACAGGCGUAUCUUCCUCUUCAAUGCUGCCCUCAAGGUGCAUGGGGUGAUCUUGCACAGGAACAAGAGUGUCCAGUUGCAUGUCCUGUGUGAGUAGGUCACUCUGACCUUUAUAGCCUGCUUCCUUAGUUUGAGAAGAUUUCACUGUCCCUUUCCCCACUCUGCCUUGAGUGUGCUGAGUGUGACUGAUCAUUUGGCACUCCCACAGACGGCCCCAAGAUUGACCGAACUAAAUGUCCUCAGCGCUUGAUGUGGAAAGAACUAUACAUAUCCUGCAUUGUCAGGCCCGGGGCAAACGGAAACCCCAACUAUAGUGUUUGCAGGAGGGCUCCACGUUCAAGGUGCCCGUCGGGAUCCCAUUCCUCCUCAGAUUAAACUACAGUGGUAACUAUCACUGCCAGGUGGCCAGGUGGCCAGCUUACGGGGCAUGGACAUUCUUACAAUAAGGAUGAAUUUCAAGAUAAGCCUAGGUGGGGCUUUUUUUUUUUGUCUUUUGUCCUUUUUAGG